AAAAGGUGUUCCCUGUGGGACGGACUAUACAAAAAAACAAACAGAAAAUCUUAAAAUGAUGAAAUUGCAUAAUGAGAGUGACAAAGAAUGGGUGGGGUGGAGGCACGGCGGAACAUGGACUCUAGCUCCUCCCCCCCCCCCCCCCCCCAAUAAUUCUCAAUAAAAAUAUUAUUGGUAGUAAGCAGAUGAAUAUUACCUGCAGAAUGCGGGGAAUGGCAUUUCAGAAGACAUCUAGUUUCCACAAUUCUAUGGAGGAGCAUAACCCGAACGCCCUAGAAACCUUGCUUUGCGCAAUCAAUCUCAGUCACCCCCCUUCCCCCAUGUCUCGGUCACUGCGAUGGAAUUCUAAGCAUCCCACACACGUGAUAGUGAAUGGAGUAGCAGGAUGUACAUCUGUAUAGUAGUCAACUUACUUCACAUACUAAAAAUAAAACAAGACACAGAGAGCUGACACGCGGCCUGAGGGGAAGUGUUCUGUAUAUCAUUUGACGCGAGUCAUCGGCACGUAACGUUCGCCAAAUCGACCAGGAGAAGAAGUUUAAACAUCUUUGUUUCAUGGCUAAGAGAAACACCGAAGAAUCACACAACAGCAGAAAUUCGUUGACAAACGUGACAACGAACGGCCAAAUUCCAACCGAAGCGGACAACAUCAGACGGCGGUACAGCACGUUCCAGGGUUGGAAUGGCGAGAAAUCCUCCCUACAGUUAGCUAUAUCCGGAUUCAAGUACACCGGAAAUGACGACAAAGUCGUAUGUGAAACGUGCGGCCUACAACUGUACAACUGGCUCGAGUCGUAUGACGUCAUCGAAGUACACCGGAUACACUCACCGGACUGCGCAUACAUUAGGAAAUGGUUCGGUCAGGAAAUCCAACCGGCGCCCCCCAGAGAGGUGGGGAAUGGGGUGGAGUCUAGCCCCCCUCCGAAAUACCCGUCGUAUAGGAGUUAUCAGGUCCGACUGUCCAGCUACACUUGGUGGCCCAUAAAACGCGACCACCAGAGUCCCGCGCGCAUGGCUGCGGAAGGUUUCUUUUACGUGGGGAAUUCCGACAGAGCUCGGUGUUUUCAGUGCGGGAUAACUCUCAGAGAUUGGGACGACGAAGACUGUCCAUUGGACGCUCAUGUCACGUGGUCUCCUGAUUGUGUAUUUGCUCAAGCGAGAAAACGUGAACAUCCGGAAACAAAUUCGCUUCUUUCAACAUACGAAGUUCCAGAAAAUCUGGAUAGAAAUGGAUUGAGUAAUGGAAUUGUUUAUACCGGAAAGGAAAAGCUAACAGAGGUAAAGAAAAAAGAAGAAACGAAAACUGAUGAAAAGUUAUUUACUGAAAGUACUAGCCGCGGAAAACAAAACACAGAAGAAGACGGUUCAGCAGAUAGAAGUGGCGUAGGCGCUGUUGGGGGUCUGGCUAGUAAUGGUGACGUAACAUCCGGAAAUCGUAGCGCCAUGAUAGAGGCUGUAUUGGAGUUCGGCUGUAGCAUCGGAAACAUUGAAAAGGCGAUGGAGGAUGAACGUAAGAAAACCGGAAGAGACUUUCCAGACGCGCAGUCGCUGUUUCUAGCAGUGAUGGAGAUUGAAGAUAAUUUCAACUAGGCCGAUCAACGACAAGUCAGUGUUUGUGGUACAAAGCACAAAAAAAUGUAUACUUAUAUUUUCAGUAUUAUCUUUAGUCUGUGAAUGUUGUAUGAUGUUCUGUUUAUAGAUGUUGUAUUCGUAUAUAUUUAUUUAUUUAUUUAAUUUAUUUAUGUUCUCUCUCUCUCUCUCUCUCUCUGUCUCUCUCUUUCUCUCUCAUAUGUCUCCCCCCCCUCAGAGAGUGAGAGAG